AAUGUAAAAUGCAAAUAUCUAUAUAAAAACAAAUAUUCUCAGAGGACAAGAAACAUUCACGUUCAGGGAAUCUGUUUUUUACUUCCGCCUUAUUUACACUUCGUAAUGUAUUUUUUAUAUUAACUAGAAAGAUAUAUUCUUAUCACUAUUUAUGCAUGUAAUGCUUAUUCUAGGCACCCACAAUGUAUUGUUUUGCUUUUCUUACUUUACGGCAAUUUGUUCUCUUUUUGCUCUCUUGAAAAUCAAAUAGAUCAGGACCCGAUUUGUUCCGCUUUAAGAAACCAGAGAAUAUCUAGUAUAAGAAACACAUGGUAGAUAUUUAUGUACAUCAUUCAUAUACUUGAUUAUCGAUUUUUAACGUCAGCAUAAGGCCUGAAAGUUUAGAGGAGGGGCAUUGUCCAUUAUAUCGACUACAGUGAUUUACUGAUACUUUUUUUAUGGACUCCAGAAUUAUGAAAACCGAAGUUGAUCUCAGCGUGAUUUGAACUCGGAGCGUAAAGGGACGUAACUAAGCAUCGCAGUCGCAAGACAUUUUAUCCAAUGAUCUACAAUUCUCCCAAACCACCGCCCCUAACACUUCAGCCAAUCUACUGUCAUUCAUAUCUGUGAUUAUUAAAUAAAUACAAUAUUAAUAUUAAGUCAAGCAGAAAGUAAACUUGACCAAAUGUUGCGCAGAGGAUGCAAGGGAGAUAAUUAGAUCUAUCAUUUGGUUGGAGAAGAAAUUCUACUUUUAACACUCCAAAAUAACAGCAAGCAAGAAGAAAUAAAUUACUAACUUUGAGAAAAUAUGGGACUGUUAAAUUCUUCACGUUGUAACAUGACUUCAUAUGCUAUCUAUAUUUGGAUCUUUAUCCUGCUACUGAAGUGUGUCACUGCUGCCAAAAGACCAAAUAUUAUUAUUAUUGUAGCUGAUGAUUUGGGUUGGAAUGAUGUGAGCUUUCAUGGAUCAAACCAAAUACCGACAAAAAAUAUAGAUUCUUUGGCUUCUGAAGGUAUAAUUUUGAAUAAUUACUAUGUUUCACCAAUCUGCACGCCAACACGAAGCGCUCUGAUGACUGGACGGCAUCCAAUCCAUACAGGUAUGCAACAUGGGGUAAUUUGUAGCUCUCAAACAUAUGGUUUACCAUUGAAUGAAACACUUAUGCCUGAAUAUCUAAAUAAACUUGGAUAUACUUCUCAUAUUGUUGGAAAGUGGCAUCUUGGUUUUAUAUCUGAAGAUUAUACCCCUACAAAGCGUGGCUUCAGUUCUCACUUUGGUUACUGGUUGGGUGCAGAAAGUUAUUACCUCCAUCUUGCUGGUAGAGGUGAUUACCUUGGUUAUGACUUUCAUAGGAAUUUGGAUGUAGCGAAAGAUGCUCUUGGCCAUUAUUCAACUGAAAUCUUUACUCAAGAGGCUGUAAAGAUCAUAAAAAAUCAUAAUGAAACAAAGCCACUUUUUUUGUACCUCCCUUACCAAGCUGUACACAGUUCAAGUAUUCAACCUUAUUUAGAAGCACCUGAAAAAUAUACAAAAAGAUUUCCAAAUAUCUCAAAUAAGCAACGGAAGCUUUUUGCAGGAAUGGUGGCAGCUUUAGAUGAUGGAGUCGGUGAAGUGGUCAAUGCAUUGAAGUCUUCUGGUAUGUACGACAAUUCUAUCAUCCUGUUCUCUACAGACAAUGGUGGACCAGCAAAUGGCUAUAAUGAAAAUGCAGCAUCUAACUGGCCUUUACGAGGAAUGAAAAAUACUUUGUGGGAAGGUGGUGUCCGUGGAGUUGGAUUUCUUCACAGCCCAUUGUUAAAGAAGAACGGUUAUAUCAGUGAACAGAUGGUACAUGUGUGUGACUGGCUUCCAACACUAUACAGUGCAGCUGGAGGAAAUCCUGAUGAGGAGCCUCGGAUGAAAAACCUCGAUGGUUAUGAUCUAUGGAGUAUGCUUUCAAAUAAUGGAAAGAGUGUAAGAACAGAAAUUCUGCAUAACAUUGAUCCAAUAAGAAAAUUUGCAGCCAUAAGAGUCAAUAACUACAAGCUUUUGAUUGGCCAUGUUGCCUCUCGAGGUAAUUGGUAUCCACCAUACAAUGAAAGUGAGAGAUAUUUAUCAAAUGAAUUUGAUGACUGGUUUUCUCAAGAUAAUGAUUUCCCAGUCAAAAUGAUAACCCAUCCAAAAACAGUAAGAGUAAAUUGUGGGGGACCAAAACCUCCAGAUGCAUUCCAUAAUUGUGAUGAUUUCAAAAAACCAUGUCUUUUUAACAUUGCUUCUGACCCUUGUGAAUACCACAACGUAGCUGACCAAAACCCAGAGAUUUUGAAAUAUCUAAUGAAGAGGCUUUUAAAAUAUGAAGCAACCAUGGUGCCACCUGGAAACAAGCCUCAGGAUCCAGCUGGUUUUCCAAUACAUCACAAUGGUAUCUGGACCCCAUGGUUAAAAUAAAAUAAUCAAAUCUGAACUAUCAGUUUUUUUCAAUUGUGUGUGGGAAUUAGAAUUUAUUCAAAUUCUAAUUGCAUUAAUUGGUUAUAAACAAUAUAUGGUGAGUGGAAGGGAAGAAACUUACUUUAAUACUAACAAAAAAUGGAAUAUUUAAAAUCAUCAAUCAUUAUAGUUGUCUAUCAUGACUUUUUUUUCUUUUCAUGAUUGGAUUGCAUACUGAAUUCUACUUGUUCACUUUUUGCUGAAUUUUAUCAUAUUUUUAUUCUUGUAAAUCAUACACACCGAUUGAAUAAAUACCUAAAUAUCAAAUAAACUUA